AUUUAGUCAAUUGCUUCUUUUGCACAACAUGGCAGCAUCGCUUUAUAAUGUAUGAGAUACAUUCUGGAAAUUCCUAGCCCUAUUUUAGGUAACCAACCAAUAUGUUUCAUUAUUUUGAUGUCUUCAGUCUGUUAUCUGUUCUGUUACUUCUGUAGGAUGAAAUAUGCUUCUAAGACGAAUCAUGUCCAUUAUUUUGUUAUGUUUCGUCGUUCUUUUCGCUAUAAAUCAUUCUCAUUCUGUUCCAGUUUCGGUUUGUAAUGAUGUUAUGAUCGUAAGAAAAAAAUAUGUGUCUUCUCCCAACUACCCUGACAACUAUCCUGAAAAUUUAAACUGCACUUGGAUAAUUAAGUCACCGAAAUAUAAUCAUGAAAUUGUCAUGAAGAUUCGUGAUUUGGAAAUAGAAGCUCAGGCUGUAUGCCAAUUUGACUACAUUCAAAUUGGCAGCGGUGAAAUUCCUGGUAGAAAUAUUAUAGUUAAUAGACUCUGUGGAAGCAGAAAGCCUGGUCCUAUCAAAUCUGACAGCGGUGCAUUGUGGUUAAGAUUUGUGUCGGAUAAUGAGAAAUCUUUCCGUGGUUUUCGUGCGACAUGGAAAGCAAAAAAAAUCUCUCGAACAUUUCCAUAUCCUGUGGUAGACGAAAAGAAUGUCUGUGGUAAAACUAGAUUAAAUGGUACAAAAGGAACAAUCAGAUCACCCAAGUUUCCUCGACGAUAUCCAUAUAAUGAAAGAUGUAAUUGGAUAAUCGAAGGUCCAGUUGGUUAUCAAAUCGUUCUGAAAUUUCUAUAUUUUGAAAUGGAAAGCGCUUCGCAAUGUCGCUUUGACUAUCUUCUCAUAAAAGAUGGGUUAAGUGAAACGUCCAGAAUCAUUGGUCGUUAUUGUGGUUCAAGUAAACCUGCCACAAUCAUUACAUCACAGAACACAGCUCUGCUUCGCUUUAACUCAGAUUCUUCCAUAGCCCGAGGAGGAUUCUUGAUUGGUUGGAACGCCAUUUAUCAAGUAUUGACAAAACCGUCAAAAAAACCACCAAUUAAUACAACAGAAAUCGAGUGUGAUGAGCAGUUCACAUCAAAUGAAGGAAUUAUUCAAACACCUGCAUAUCCCAAUUUGUACCCCGAAGAUAUCCAAUGUUCCUGGGUUAUUAGUGUUCAAAAGCCGUCCAGAGUCCGUUUGUUGUUUGAUUCCGAUUUUGAUUUGGAAAGUGAGAAAAAUUGUGUCUAUGACUUUGUCAGCAUAAAAGAUGGUGCUAACUUAGAUAAUAAUGAAAUCGGGCGAUACUGUGGACAGGAUGCUCCUGCAAGUAUUACAUCAUCUUAUAGCAGUGUUCGUGUGAUCUUCCAUUCAGAUAAAUCUCGUGUUGGUAAAGGAUUUCGUUUAAAAUGGACUGCCGUAAACAUUCAGUUAACUACUGCAGUACCAACUAACACAUCGACUUCGGAGUGUGGUGGAGAGUUAACUCAAUCAUCUGGUAUCCUUACCUCUCCUGGUUAUCCUCAGAUGUACACGUCAAAUGUUCACUGCAUAUGGUUGAUUUCUAUUGCUUCAGGACAUCAAAUACGUAUUACCUUUGAUAGUUUUGACUUAGAAGAAGAUAUAAACUGCGCAUUGGAUUAUUUGAUCUUAAGAGAUGGAGCAAAUGUUGACUCACCCAUCAUUGGAAGAUUUUGUGGAUCGUCUGCAUUUAUCCCUCAGCAGUAUUAUUACUCAUCUGGAAAAUAUUUAUGGAUAGAAUUUCGUUCUGACGAUGCAGUUUCCAAAGGUGGUUUUCAUUUGUCAUGGGACACUAUAGUUCCAGAGACCACAAAAUCCACUUCAAUAACGACACCUUCAGUUCUUGGAAAACAUAGAGUUAUGACAGGUUGUGGUGGGGACUUUGAGCUUGUAUUUUACAGCGGUACAAUAUUCUCUCCGUCGUAUCCCCUUGAUUAUGCACCAUUACUCACCUGCAUUUGGAAAAUAUACGUUGACAAAGAAAGUCAAAUCGCUCUUUCCUUUAAUGAAUUUGAACUUGAAAAUUCCAAUCAAUGCUCUUCUGAUUACGUCGUCGUACAAGAUGGUGUUUUAGCAAAUUCUACAGUUCUAGGAAAAUACUGUGGAAAUAAAGUACCAGUGUAUUUAAUAUCAAUGGGAAACCAGCUUUCAAUCACAUUUCGUACGAAUAAUGCAAAGAGUGCCAAAGGAUUUGAAAUAUCUUGGAUGAAAUACACUCCACAACAGUUAGGACCCAUCGUUGGAACAACACCUACCGAAGUGAAUUUAAAGGCUGCAACGUGCAAAAAUAUUUUUGGCGCCCUCACUGGAAAGUCCUCCAUAAAUGUAAAGGAUAUUUGUCAAUGGAAGCUACGUGGGAAAGAAGGCAGCCAGAUUCAAAUUAAUUUUGUAGAUUUCAACUUAUUUGACGAUAUGUCUAGCUGCAGCGAGGAUUUUGUCGAAGUAAAAAAUGGUUUAACAGAAUAUGCUCCAGUCUUAGUGAGAUUUUGCAAUGGUAGUGAGCCGUAUCCUAUCACAUCGCCAGGUCGUUUUCUUUCAAUAAAGUACGUCAUGUCAGGAAAACGUCAAACUAACAUCAAAAUUAAUUAUAAAGAAAUCGGUGGUGAGAAUAAAGAUGGAAAUUCACCAAUAAGUACAGAGAGUUGUGGUUUCUCAGAAUUUAGUUAUGAAGAGCUUGACAAAGGAAAGAAUCGUCGAUAUAACAAGCGAGGUGAUUGGCCAUGGCAGGCAGCUCUUAUAAGAAAAGGAAUGUCCACCGUGACUUGUGGAGGCGUUUUAAUAUCUUCGCAAUGGAUAAUGACAGCAGCGCAUUGCGUAAAGAGAAACGCAAAAAUUUCUGAUUGGAAGGUUAAACUUGGCUCAGUGGAUGUGCAAUCUGCGGGUGUUUACGAUCAAAUAUUUGAUGUUUCAGCCAUUCGAAUCCAUCCAAAUUAUAACAGUUCAAAUAAUGAAAAUGACCUGGCAUUAAUAAAGUUACAUACAUCUGCAAAACUGGGAAAAUAUGUAAACAAAAUAUGUUUACCAGAGAAAGGUGCUCUUUAUGAAAAAAGAAGAGUUUGUUAUAUUGCCGGUUGGAGAACUCAUGAAGCUUUAUCUUAUGUUGUUUAUCCAUUAUCAACCAUGAUUGCCCCUAUUGUACCACAUAAAGAUUGUAAUACGUUUGAUAACUUCAAUGUCACUGAGCGCAUGUUAUGUGCUGGAUCUAUUGGUAAAGAUGGGACAUGUGAGGGUGAAGGAGGUGGUUCAUUGAUGUGUAAGAGUAGGAAAGGAUAUGUAGCUGUAGCAGUGAACAGUUUUGGAAAAGAUUGUCAUAAUUCUAAAGAUUACAGUGUAUAUACUGAUGUUCAGUGGUAUCUUGAUUGGAUACACGUUCAUUUGACUACAAGAUAAUAAAGUUAGACUUUAUAUUUAUUACAAUAUGUUAUAUAGUUUUGACUUUACUUUAAACAUUGCUUAGUGAAGCAAUAAAUUGUUUCAGUUGUGGUUAAAUUUUUUUUUCUUUAUAUUCUUUUUGUGAUUUGCUAAACCUUACAAAAACUUUGAUUUUGGGAAGUGAUGAGAUUUUAUGUACAAUUUAAAAAUCACUAUUCAAUCAACAGAGUUAUCUCGCCAAUUGAAAAACACUUCCUUGAAUAUGAUGACUCUAAAGAAGUGAUUUGGUAGCUGUCUAUUACUGGACUAAGAAUGCUUUCCACGAUAUCAUUUAUGUGGAGAUAGUUUACGUCAACGUCUAUACGACAUAAUACCAACAUGCUGGUUGUUGAUCAUCAAUAGAAGUAGAGAUUUUUAAUUGUGUGUUUUUAAAUUCUGUGUAGUUAUUAUAUCAUAAACAUAUUUCCAUGUACAAUAAGUUUAAUAAUAACGUGUGGAUUGUGCUAGCGACUGUUGCUUAGAAUUGCACUCCUCUUCGAAAUCGAUAAA